CUGAAUUCUCACGGAACUGAGAGGCGGCGGGUGCGGCCUGGCGUCUAGGCGGGGUGGGGGGGAGGAGACGCUGAGGGACCAGGCCCGGAUAGACUUGGGAGACGGAGCCAUGGAGCCAUUGCGGGUCCUGGAACUGUACAGCGGCAUAGGGGGUAUGCACCAAGCGCUGAAAGAGAGCUGCGUGUCUGCAGAAGUGGUGGCUGCUGUGGAUGUAAACACUAUUGCGAAUGAAGUAUACAAGCAUAACUUUCCUCAUACGCAGUUAUGGGCCAAAACAAUAGAGGGAAUUACUCUAAAGGAAUUUAAUCAGCUGUCCUUCAACAUGAUUUUAAUGAGUCCUCCAUGUCAGCCAUUCACAAGAAUUGGCCUACAGGGAGAUGUGAUGGAUCCAAGGACCAAAAGUUUCCUACAUAUUCUUCAUGUUCUUCCAAAGCUACAAAAAUUACCAGCCUAUAUCCUUUUAGAAAAUGUUAAAGGGUUUGAAGUAUCUUCUACCAGAGACCGUUUUGUGCAAACACUAGAAAAUUGUGGCUUUAAAUACCAAGAAUUUUUAUUAUCUCCAGUAUCUCUUGGCAUUCCAAAUUCCAGACUACGUUAUUUUCUUAUUGCAAAACUUCAGUCAGAACCACUACCGUUUCAAGUUCCGGGUCAGGUAUUGCUUGAAAUUCCCACAGCUGAUUCUGCAAAUUCACAAAAGCAGCCAGCCACUAUAGAUUUGGGGAGAAAUAGUGAAGGGAGGAAAAUAGAACCAAACCUUCCCCAUGAUAGUGACACACAAUGUUCUGGGAAAGAGACAUUCCUUUUCAAACUGGAAACUGCAGAAGAAUUAGAGAGAAAACUUCAGCAGGACAGUGAUCUCUCUGUUCAGAUGUUAAAAGAUUUUCUUGAGGAUGACAGUGAUAUGAGUCAGUAUUUUCUGCCACCAAAGGCCUUACUCCGCUACGCUCUUCUAUUGGACAUUGUUCAGCCCACUUGUAGGCGAUCCACGUGCUUUACGAAAGGAUAUGGAAGCUACAUAGAAGGGACUGGAUCUGUCCUGCAAACUGCUGAGGAUAUACAGAUUGAGGAUGCGUAUGCAGCUCUGGACACGUUGUCAGAGGAAGAGAAGCUUGCAAGGCUGUCAAGGCUUAAACUGCGCUAUUUUAGCCCUCGAGAAAUAGCCAAUCUUCAUGGAUUUCCUCCGGAGUUUGAAUUUCCUGAGAAGAUAACAGUGAAACAAUGCUACCGCUUACUUGGGAAUAGUCUUAAUGUGCACAUAGUGUCCAAACUCAUCAGAAUAUUGCUUGGAUAAUUAUGAAACCGUCCAGGAUGAAGGCCAUGGUGUUCAGAAGACAAUGAUGAAAUGUUUAUUUUAAAUUAUUUUGGACAGAUUCAGCUCACUGGUUAAAUUUCUUUUAGAAAGAAUUUGAAAGUUAUUUAAGCAUUUCCUAUAAACAAAUAUUUAGCUAAACACAGAACUUCCCUUUGCUUUAGACUUCUUGUUACUUUCUACUUUGUUUUACAAGAAAUAGAUCAUCAUUAUUCAUUCUGAAUAUGAAGAGUAUAGGAUGAAUUUGAAAAUACAAAUGAUAAAUAUAUUCUAAAAAUAUUUCCUUUGAAUAAAUGUAUAAAGCUACAGGUAUAAUAUAAUGAUCUCACAUUUAGGAACACAGAUAUAUUCUAAAUAAAAAGACUUCUGAUCUUUGUGAAUAUUUUAUCAGCUUAUGUGGGAAGAUCUCUUUGAAGCAUAUUUAACCAUGUAAUUGAUAAAUUGUCUAUUUUUGUAUACUAAAUAAAGAUUUUAAUGUGUUAUAAUUUU